ACAGGAAAGGAAGAAACUCUUGACGCUGUGAGAGCUCUGAGGCACAAAGGAGGCAGGCCCCUCAACACCGGGGCGGCUCUCCAGUAUGUGAGAGACAGCGCCUUCUCUCCUUCCUCUGGCAGCAGACGGCAAGAGGGUGUUCCUCAAAUUCUAAUCCUGCUGAGCGGAGCGAGGUCUAGCGAUAACGUAGACACCCCAGCCACCUCUCUCAAAGAGAGUGGCGUCUUAAUCUUUGCUAUUGGCACCAAAAAUUCCAGCCGAGAGGUUGAGAAGAUUUCUUCCGAUCCUACCUAUGCCCAGUCUGUGUCAGACUUUUCGGAGCUGCCAAAUGUCCAGCAGCAAUUCCUGGCCUCUGUGAACACUGCUGUCUUGGAGGUAACACAGACAUCACCACCGGUUUUGGGUAAGACUGAUUUAACCAUAUUGCUCCUCAUCUCUUCAGAUAGGCUUGUCUGUGGUGUAUUUAUUCCUUUCUGCCCCCAAUGUAAAGAAAAAUGAACUAUUGUCAGGCCAGCGUGUUGCAUGUCCAGACAUAUCUUAAAACAACCCGAGAGUGAUUUGAGUGCUAGAGUUUCACCCAUACUCUGCAGGCUAAAGUUCUCAUAUGGGUGUGUGUCUGUGCAUUUCAAUACCCUUAGUUGACAGAAGAAUCCCCCGAAAAGACGUGGUGUUCAUGCUGGAUGGUACCGAUGGAACAAGGAACGUGUUCCCAGCAGUGCUUGACUUUGUUCAGAGAGUGGUGGAGAAACUAAAUGUGGGUGAGGGCAAAGACCGUGUGUCUGUGGUCCAGUACAGCAGAGACCCAGUGGCCCACUUCUACCUAAACACCCACUCAAGGAAGGAAGAUGUUCUUGAGAAUGUUAGAAGUCUGAGACAUAAAGGAGGAAGGCCCCUCAACACUGGUGCAGCUCUCCAGUAUGUGAGGGAGAACGUGUUCACAGCCUCCUCCGGUUCUAGACGCUUAGAAGGUGUGCCACAAAUGCUGAUCCUGCUUAGCGGUGGAAAGUCUUUUGACAGCGUGGACGCUCCAGCCUCGGCUCUUAAACAGCUGGGAGUGCAGAUCCUUCCAAUUGGAAGCAGGAACUCUGACAGCAGAGAGCUGCAGAGGAUCUCACACGACCCUAGUUACGCAAUGUCAGUGUCCGACUUCAGUGACCUUCCAAGUGUUCAACAGCAACUUCUCUCUGUCGUGAGCCCAGUAGUAGUGGAGGCCACUCCCAAAACACCGACAGUCAUAGUCGAGGGCCGUGCUGCCAGGAGAGACGUCAUACUCCUCCUUGAUGGUUCAGACGGAAAUAGGAAUGGAUUCCCCGCCAUGCGUGACUUUGUUCAGAGAGUGGUGGAGAAACUCCAUGUGGAUGAAGGCAGAGACCGCGUUUCUGUGGUCCAGUACAGCCAAGAGCCCGAGGCUAGUUUCUAUCUGAACACCUACACCACAAAGGAAGAGGUUCUGGAAGAUGUCCGCGGUCUGAGGCACAAAGGAGGGAGACCCCUCAACACCGGGUCAGCCCUCCAGUAUGUGAGAGACAGUGUCCUCAGUGAUUCCUCUGGCAGUAGACGCCUGCAGGGUGUCCCACAGAUACUGAUUUUACUGAACGGUGGAAGGUCUUCUGACAAUGUGGACACGCCAGCCUCUGCUCUUAGGGAGCUGGGAGUGAAAAUCUUUACCAUUGGCAACAGAUACUCUGACAGCAGAGAAUUGCAGAGGAUUUCAAAAGAGCCUAGCAAUGCAGUGUCAGUGUCUGACUUCAGUGACCUCCCCAGUGUUCAGGAGCAGCUCUUGGAUUCCGUAGAAACCGUUGUCGUCUCUGUGACACCAACAACCCCAACUGUCUUAGUUGACCAAACCGCACCCAGAAAGGAUGUUGUAUUCCUGCUGGAUGGCUCUGAUUACACUAGGAAUGCCUUCCCAGCUAUGAAGGACUUUGUUCAGAGGGUAGUGGAGAAGCUAAAUGUGAUGGAGAACAGAGAUCGUGUGUCUGUGGUCCAAUACAGCAGAGACCCAGAGGCCCAUUUCUAUCUGAACACAUACACAGGAAAGGAAGAAACUCUUGACGCUGUGAGAGCUCUGAGGCACAAAGGAGGCAGGCCCCUCAACACCGGGGCGGCUCUCCAGUAUGUGAGAGACAGCGCCUUCUCUCCUUCCUCUGGCAGCAGACGGCAAGAGGGUGUUCCUCAAAUUCUAAUCCUGCUGAGCGGAGCGAGGUCUAGCGAUAACGUAGACACCCCAGCCACCUCUCUCAAAGAGAGUGGCGUCUUAAUCUUUGCUAUUGGCACCAAAAAUUCCAGCCGAGAGGUUGAGAAGAUUUCUUCCGAUCCUACCUAUGCCCAGUCUGUGUCAGACUUUUCGGAGCUGCCAAAUGUCCAGCAGCAAUUCCUGGCCUCUGUGAACACUGCUGUCUUGGAGGUAACACAGACAUCACCACCGGUUUUGGUUGACAGAAGAAUCCCCCGAAAAGACGUGGUGUUCAUGCUGGAUGGUUCCGAUGGAACAAGGAACGUGUUCCCAGCAGUGCUUGACUUUGUUCAGAGAGUGGUGGAGAAACUAAAUGUGGGUGAGGGCAAAGACCGUGUGUCUGUGGUCCAGUACAGCAGAGACCCAGUGGCCCACUUCUACCUAAACACCCACUCAAGGAAGGAAGAUGUUCUUGAGAAUGUUAGAAGUCUGAGACAUAAAGGAGGAAGGCCCCUCAACACUGGUGCAGCUCUCCAGUAUGUGAGGGAGAACGUGUUCACAGCCUCCUCCGGUUCUAGACGCUUAGAAGGUGUGCCACAAAUGCUGAUCCUGCUUAGCGGUGGAAAGUCUUUUGACAGCGUGGACGCUCCAGCCUCGGCUCUUAAACAGCUGGGAGUGCAGAUCCUUCCAAUUGGAAGCAGGAACUCUGACAGCAGAGAGCUGCAGAGGAUCUCACACGACCCUAGUUACGCAAUGUCAGUGUCCGACUUCAGUGACCUUCCAAGUGUUCAACAGCAACUUCUCUCUGUCGUGAGCCCAGUAGUAGUGGAGGCCACUCCCAAAACACCGACAGUCAUAGUCGAGGGCCGUGCUGCCAGGAGAGACGUCAUACUCCUCCUUGAUGGUUCAGACGGAAAUAGGAAUGGAUUCCCCGCCAUGCGUGACUUUGUUCAGAGAGUGGUGGAGAAACUCCAUGUGGAUGAAGGCAGAGACCGCGUUUCUGUGGUCCAGUACAGCCAAGAGCCCGAGGCUAGUUUCUAUCUGAACACCUACACCACAAAGGAAGAGGUUCUGGAAGAUGUCCGCGGUCUGAGGCACAAAGGAGGGAGACCCCUCAACACCGGGUCAGCCCUACAGUAUGUGAGAGACAGUGUCCUCAGUGAUUCCUCUGGCAGUAGACGCCUGCAGGGUGUCCCACAGAUACUGAUUUUACUGAACGGUGGAAGGUCUUCUGACAAUGUGGACACGCCAGCCUCUGCUCUUAGGGAGCUGGGAGUGAAAAUCUUUACCAUUGGCAACAGAUACUCUGACAGCAGAGAACUGCAGAGGAUUUCAAAAGAGCCUAGCAAUGCAGUGUCAGUGUCUGACUUCAGUGACCUCCCCAGUGUUCAGGAGCAGCUCUUGGAUUCCGUAGAAACCGUUGUCGUCUCUGUGACACCAACAACCCCAACUGUCUUAGUUGACCAAACCGCACCCAGAAAGGAUGUUGUAUUCCUGCUGGAUGGCUCUGAUUACACUAGGAAUGCCUUCCCAGCUAUGAAGGACUUUGUUCAGAGGGUAGUGGAGAAGCUAAAUGUGAUGGAGAACAGAGAUCGUGUGUCUGUGGUCCAAUACAGCAGAGACCCAGAGGCCCAUUUCUAUCUGAACACAUACACAGGAAAGGAAGAAACUCUUGACGCUGUGAGAGCUCUGAGGCACAAAGGAGGCAGGCCCCUCAACACCGGGGCGGCUCUCCAGUAUGUGAGAGACAGCGCCUUCUCUCCUUCCUCUGGCAGCAGACGGCAAGAGGGUGUUCCUCAAAUUCUAAUCCUGCUGAGCGGAGCGAGGUCUAGCGAUAACGUAGACACCCCAGCCACCUCUCUCAAAGAGAGUGGCGUCUUAAUCUUUGCUAUUGGCACCAAAAAUUCCAGCCGAGAGGUUGAGAAGAUUUCUUCCGAUCCUACCUAUGCCCAGUCUGUGUCAGACUUUUCGGAGCUGCCAAAUGUCCAGCAGCAAUUCCUGGCCUCUGUGAACACUGCUGUCUUGGAGGUAACACAGACAUCACCACCGGUUUUGGUUGACAGAAGAAUCCCCCGAAAAGACGUGGUGUUCAUGCUGGACGGUUCCGAUGGUACAAGGAACGUGUUCCCAGCAGUGCUUGACUUUGUUCAGAGAGUGGUGGAGAAACUAAAUGUGGGUGAGGGCAAAGACCGUGUGUCUGUGGUCCAGUACAGCAGAGACCCAGUGGCCCACUUCUACCUAAACACCCACUCAAGGAAGGAAGAUGUUCUUGAGAAUGUUAGAAGUCUGAGACAUAAAGGAGGAAGGCCCCUCAACACUGGUGCAGCUCUCCAGUAUGUGAGGGAGAACGUGUUCACAGCCUCCUCCGGUUCUAGACGCUUAGAAGGUGUGCCACAAAUGCUGAUCCUGCUUAGCGGUGGAAAGUCUUUUGACAGUGUGGACGCUCCAGCCUCGGCUCUUAAACAGCUGGGAGUGCAGAUCCUUCCAAUUGGAAGCAGGAACUCUGACAGCAGAGAGCUGCAGAGGAUCUCACACGACCCUAGUUACGCAAUGUCAGUGUCCGACUUCAGUGACCUUCCAAGUGUUCAACAGCAACUUCUUUCUGUCGUGAGCCUAGUAGUAGUGGAGGCCACUCCCAAUACACCAACAGUCAUAGUCGAAGACCGUGCUGCCAAGAGAGACGUCGUUCUCCUCAUUGAUGGUUCAGACAGAAAUAGGAAUGGAUUCCCCGCCAUGCGUGACUUUGUUCAGAGAGUGGUGGAGAAACUCCAUGUGGAUGAAGGCAGAGACCGCGUUUCUGUGGUUCAGUACAGCCGAGAGCCCGAGGCUAGUUUCUAUCUGAACACCUACACCACAAAGGAAGAGGUUCUGGAACAUGUCCGCGGUCUGAGUCACAAAGGAGGGAGACCCCUCAACACUGGGUCAGCCCUCCAGUAUGUGAGAGACAGUGUCCUCAGUGAUUCCUCUGGCAGUAGACGCCUCCAGGGUGUCCCACAGAUACUGAUUUUACUGAACGGUGGAAGGUCUUCUGACAAUGUGGACACACCAGCCUCUGCUCUUAGGGAGCUGGGAGUGAAAAUCUUUACCAUUGGCAACAGAUACUCUGACAGCAAGGAAUUGCAGAGGAUUUCAAAAGAGCCUGGCAAUACAGUUUCAGUGCCUGACUUCACUGACCUCCCCAGUGUUCAGGAGCAGUUCAUCGAUUCUGUAGAAACAGUUGUCAUCUCUGUGACACCAAUGACUCCAACUGUCAUAGUUGACCAAGCCACACCCAGAAAGGAUAUUGUAUUCCUCCUGGAUGGCUCUGAUUACACUAGGAAUGCCUUCCCAGCUAUGAAGGACUUUGUUCAGAAGGUAGUGGAGAAGCUAAAUGUGAUGGAGAACAGAGAUCGUGUGUCUGUGGUCCAAUACAGCAGAGACCCAGAGGCCCAUUUCUAUCUGAACACAUACACAGGAAAGGCUGAAACUCUUGACGCUGUGAGAGCUCUGAGGCACAAAGGAGGCAGGUCUCUUAACACUGGUGCCGCUCUCCAGUAUGUGAGGGAGAACGUGUUCACAAUCUCCUCCGGUUCUAGAUAUUUAGUGGGUGUGCCACAAAUAUUGAUUUUGCUAAGCAGUGGAAGGUCUUUUGACAGCGUGGAUGCUCCAGCCUUUGCUCUGAAGGAUCUGGGAGUGCAAAUUCUUCCAAUUGGAAACAGGAACUCUGACCACAGGGAACUGCAAAGGAUUGCACGAGACCCUAGUUAUGCAAUGUCAGUGUCUGACUUCAGUGACCUUCCAAGUGUUCAACAGCAACUUCUCUCUGUCAUAAGCACUGUAGAAGUUGAAGCCACUUCCAUAACACCAACAGUCAUAGUCGAGGGCCUUGCUGCCAGGAGAGAUGUCGUACUCCUCCUUGAUGGUUCAGACGGAAAUAGGAAUGGAUUCCCCGCCAUGCGUGACUUUGUUCAGAGAGUGGUGGAGAAACUCCAUGUGGAUGAAGGCAGAGACCGCGUUUCUGUGGUCCAGUACAGCCGAGAACCCGAGGCUAGUUUCUAUCUGAACACCUACACCACAAAGGAAGAGGUUCUGGAACAUGUCCGCGGUCUGAGGCACAAAGGAGGGAGACCCCUCAACACCGGGUCAGCCCUCCAGUAUGUGAGAGACAGUGUCCUCAGUGAUUCCUCUGGCAGUAGACUCCUGCAGGGUGUCCCACAGAUACUGAUUUUACUGAACGGUGGAAGGUCUUCUGACAAUGUGGACACACCAGCCUCUGCUCUUAGGGAGCUGGGAGUGAAAAUCUUUACCAUUGGCAACAGAUACUCUGACAGCAGAGAAUUGCAGAGGAUUUCAAAAGAGCCUAGCAAUGCAGUGUCAGUGUCUGCCUUCAGUGACCUCCCCAGUGUUCAGGAGCAGCUCUUGGAUUCCGUAGAAACCGUUGUCGUCUCUGUGACACCAACAACCCCAACUGUCUUAGUUGACCAAGACGCACCCAGAAAAGAUCUUGUAUUCCUGCUGGAUGGCUCUGAUUACACUAGAAAUGCCUUCCCAGCUAUGAAGGACUUUGUUCAGAAGGUAGUGGAGAAGCUAAAUGUGAUGGAGAACAGAGAUCGUGUGUCUGUGGUCCAAUACAGCAGAGACCCAGAGGCCCAUUUCUAUUUGAACACAUACACAGGAAAGGAAGAAACUCUUGAAGCUGUGAGAGCUCUGAGGCACAAAGGAGGCAGGCCCCUCAACACCGGGGCUGCUCUCCAGUACGUGAAAAACAGCGCCUUCUCUCCUUCUUCAGGUAGUAGACGGAAAGAGGGUGUCCCACAGAUUCUGAUUUUACUGAAUGGUGGAAGGUCUUCCGACAAUGUGGACACAGCGGCAUCUACUCUUAGGGCAGCUGGAGUAAAAACAUACUCUAUUGGAAGCAGGUCCUCAGACAGUAGAGAAUUGCAGAAGAUAUCAUACCACCCUAAUUUUACCAUGUCAGUUUCUGACUUCAGAGAUCUUCCAAGAUAUGAAGAGCAACUACUCUCUGUUAUUAGCACUGUAACAGAGGUGACCACUACUCCCACACAAAUUAUAUUGGUGCAAUCUCCUAUGAGUCGACGAGAUGUUGUUUUUCUCAUUGAUGGCUCUGACAGAAGUCGGCUUGCUUUCCCAGCAAUUCGAGAUUUCAUUCGCAGAGUCACAGAAAAUCUAAAUGUUGCUGAAAACAGAGACAGGGUUGCCAUCAUCCAAUUUAGCAAUGACGCCUUGAUCCACUCUUUGUUGAAUUCUUACUUGACCAUGGGCGGUAUCAUCAAAAAGAUUCGAGACAUGAGCCAUAAAGGAGGAGAUUCUCGCAACACUGGAGCGGCUCUCCAGUUUGUAAGAGAAAAUGUCUUUACUGCUUCUCGUGGAAGUAGACAAGAUGAAGGUGUUCCACAGAUUCUUAUCUUGCUGACUGGUGGACCAUCCAGUGAUAGUGUCAUACAACCUGCUAUGACUUUGCAACAACAUGGAGUUGUAAGUUUAGGCAUUGGAACAGAUGUCAGCGGUAUUUCCAUAAUCUCUGAGGAUUCAGACAAUAUAUUUGCCAUCGAUGACUUUGGGGAACUCCCAGACAAAUUACAUAAUGUAAUUUCUGCAUUAAAUCAAUUCUCCAUCAGAGGGUAUGCUGAAGCCCAGGGUCCUAAGAAGGAUGUUAUCUUCCUCAUCGAUGGCUCAGAUGGAGUUGGCCGCGAGUUUCCCAUCAUUGUAGAAUUUGUGCGGACAGUCGUGGAAAAACUCAACGUUGGUGAAAACAAGAUCCGCGUGGGAGUGGUGCAGUAUGGGGACAAUCCCAGCGCUGACAUCUACCUCAAUGCCCACGCAAACAAGGAAGGAGUGUUGAAUGCGAUCAGGGGGCUGAGACAGCGUGGUGGCAGACAACGCAACCUGGGAAGAGCAAUCGAUUUCGUCAGUCGCGAUGUUUUGGCCAAACGAUCUGGAGGCCGUCGGGAGGAAGGUGUUCCACAGUUUGUGAUUGUUGUGUCGGGAGGAAGGUCGUCAGAUGAUGUGCAGACCUCAGCAACAGCCAUCAAAAGAUCCGGGGUCCUCACCUUUAGCAUUGGAACCAGAGAUGUUGAUCCGGGAGAGCUUCAGGUCAUUUCCUACAUUCCAACUUAUGCUCACCCUGUGGAUGACUUCCCUGGGCUCUACACUGUCCAAGAAAAUCUGGUAACCACUCUAACUGAACUGUCAGAUGAAGAAAUAGCACGGAUGCGUCCUGUUUUCCCCGACUUCCAAGGUCCUGUGAUACCAACAACUCCAGGAGAUAAGAGAGAUGUUGUUUUCCUUGUUGAUGGAACAAAUACUGUCCCUAACAUUCGUGACAUGAUUUUGAGGAUCGUGGAAAAGUUGGAUGUAGGAAUGGACAAUGUACGUGUGUCUGUUGUGCAAUACAGUGAAGACGUCAGGCAGGAAUUCCUUCUCAAUGAACAUUCUUCCAAAGGAGAAGUUAAGGAAGCUGUGCGGCGAAUGCGAAACAAGGGUGGGAACCAACUCAAUACAGGAUUUGCUCUUGACUGGGUUUCAAAGAACAUCUAUCAAAGAUCAGCCGGCAGUCGUAUUGAAGAGGGUGUUCCCCAGUUCCUGGUUUUAGUUACAGGCAGCAAGUCCGCAGAUGAUGUGUCUGGUCCUGCUUACCAGCUGAAGCGCAACAUGGUGGCACCAGUGGCUGUCGGAGGCAAGAAUGCGGACGCCGAUGAGUUGAAACUCAUUGCUUUGAAACCAGAGCUCACAUACUCGGUGCGUGACUUCAGACAGUUGCAGACAGUGGAGCAGCAGCUCAUCUCCUCAGUGAAGACCAUGACGUCUAAGGACAUCACAGAUGUGACAUCUACCUUGGUAUCACCCUCCGUUACCACCACAGAGCCGAUUGAUCUUGGAAGAAAGGAUAUCAUUUUCCUAGUUGAUGGCUCCGACAGUUCUGGCGGAGGUGGACUUGCCCAUAUACGUGACUUCAUUUUGAAAGUCAUUCAGCAGCUGGAUCUCCAUCCUGAUCGAGUGCGGAUUGCAUUAGUUCAGUAUGCAGAGAAGACCAAAACCGAAUUCUCCCUCAACACCCACCCUAACAAGGAGUCUAUCGUCUCAGCUGUCAGGAAGCUUCGUCAAAUUGGCGGUCGAGCAGGCGACUUGGCUUCAGCUAUCGACUAUGUCAUGAGGAAUGAACUGCAUGCUGGUGCAGGGGUUCGGCCUGCUGUGGCCUCUCAGCACCUCGUAGUACUGACCGGAGGAAGGUCCGUCUCAGAUGUAUCCAGCAAAGGCGCCAUCCUGAAGGGCGCAAGGGUGAACUGCAUUGGUGUUGGUGCUGGUGCAGCUGAUACAAGACAACUCACCCAGAUUGCCACUACCCCUCAGGAUGUCCUUAAAGUUACGGCCUUCCCCAACCUUGCCAAUAUUGAGCAGCAGCUCAUUGCUAGGCUGCAAGGGGGCGUUAUCGUAGAACCACCGACAGUUGAAGAGCCUACUACAUCAGGAAUCAUGCCCAGGGCAGCUGAUAUCGUGUUUUUAGUGGAUGGAUCCAUCAACCUGGGCAAGGACAACUUCAGAGAGGUCAUGGAAUUCCUUGUGAACCUUAUUGAUGCCUUCUACAAUGAUCAAGACAGCUUGCAGAUUGGUCUGGCCCACUAUGCUGCUGACGUGACGGAUGUCUUCUUUCUGAAUACCUAUCAAAACAAGGAUGACAUAAUUAACGCAAUUAACCAGGCAGAGUACAAGGGUGGCAACCGCAUUAACACAGGAGCUGCCAUCCGACAUGUGCAGCAGAACCAUUUUGUGAAGGAAAAAGGCAGUCGGAAGGAUAUUGGCGUCCCACAGAUUUUGAUGCUGGUGACUGGAGGCAGAUCAGCAGAUGAUGGCAAGUCCGCAGCCCUUGGAAUAAAGGCCACUGGAGUUCGUGUCUAUGCCAUUGGUGUGGGUGACAUUCAGGGUGAGCUUGCCAACUUAGCGAGUGAGUCUGCCACUGUAGCAAGGGCCAGCAUCUACCAGGAGCUCUCCGAACUGAACGAGCAGAUCCUGGUGACCUUGGAUGAUGAUUUGAAAGGCAUUAAACUGUGCACUGGGGUGCAAGAAUCCACAAAAAGUUGCAGCCUUGAUGUCUUGCUGGGAUUCGACGUGUCCUCGCAGAACAUAUUUACGGACCAGAGAAGCCUGGAGACAAAGAUGACUGCCAUCCUUCAGCGAAUCAUGAAACUUCAAGCCAUCAGCUGCACGUCCGGGCAGGCUCCAACCAUACGAGUGGGCAUGCUGGCCUUGGACUCAGCCUCCGAGCCUAUGCAUCUGGAAUUCACAGACAACUACUCAGAGCUUCUGGAUGCCUUCAAGAACCUACGCAGCCGUGGACCAUUUGUCCUCAACGGGAAGACCAUUGAUACCUACACUGCUAGAUUCAAAGCUCAGCCUAGUGAAUCUGUGAAGGUUGUGAUUCACCUGACAGAUGGUCUGGAUGGACAGUAUGGACAGAUGAAGGAACGAGUUGAGAAAAUGAGGCUUUCUGGUGUAAAUGGUUUCAUCUUGGUGGGCCUGGAGAGGGUGCCACAGUUUGAAGAGGCAGUGCUUUUGGAAUAUGGUCGUGGGUUCAGGUACACCCGCCCACUGCGUGUUAACCUGAUGGAUCUGGACUAUGAGAUCCUGGAGGAGUUGGACAACAUUGCUGAAAGAGAGUGCUGCUCAGUGCCCUGUAAGUGCACUGGUCAAAGGGGAGACCGAGGUGCCGUUGGACAACCAGGACUGAAGGGUGAACCAGGAGCUCAGGGAUACAGAGGACACCCAGGAGAUGAAGGUGGUCCGGGUGAGAGGGGUCCCCCAGGUGUCAAUGGAACCCAGGGUUUCCAAGGCUGUCCUGGACCAAGAGGUGUCAAGGGAUCUCGAGGGUACUCAGGAGAGAAGGGAGAGCUGGGAGACAUUGGCUUGGAUGGAAUCAACGGGGAAGAGGGCACAAGUGGAGUGGCUGGGCCACCAGGAGAACGUGGUAACCCAGGGAGACGGGGAGCUAAAGGUGCUAAGGGACAGGCCGGAGACAGUGGACAAACUGGCAUCCCAGGAGAUCCUGGAGUUACAGGGAAGGACAAUACUCAGCGAGGACCAAAGGGAGAUCUAGGCGAUGCUGGCCCUGCCGGAGAAGCAGGAGAGGACGGCAAAGAGGGAACUCAAGGAGAACCAGGAAGGAGGGGUGCAGAUGGAAGAAGAGGAGCACCUGGACAACCCGGUGCUGCUGGACAACCUGGUGCUGAUGGGCUUGCAGGAGGGCCUGGGAUCGCAGGAUCAAGAGGACCUAUUGGACCAAAUGGAUCUCCAGGACCAAUGGGCGAGUCUGGAAACCCUGGACCAAGGGGACCUGGAGGAGCUCCUGGCUCAGCUGGAGAGAAAGGCCGAAGAGGAUUCGUGGGCCGCAAGGGUGAGCCAGGAGACCCUGGACCUAAGGGGGUCAUUGGACCCCUGGGCCCACGAGGAGAGCCUGGUGAGGAUGGUCGUGAUGGCUUAGGAUUUCCUGGACCUGACGGAAGAAAGGGUGAUGAAGGCUUCCCUGGAUUCCCUGGACCAAAGGGAGCUGCUGGUGAGCCUGGGUCUAAGGGAGGACCAGGACCCAGAGGAAACCGUGGCCAGCGCGGUGUUUCAGGUGACCCUGGUGGACCUGGACAGAAGGGAGACAUUGGCUACCCGGGACCUUAUGGUCAGAAAGGACCUCGAGGACAGAGUGUGGUGCAAUGCGAACUUGUCAAAAAGAUUCGGGACAACUGUCCUUGUUGCUAUGGUGCCCAAGAGUGCCCUCUCUACCCCACUGAGCUGGCCUUCGCGCUGGACUCAUCCCAGGGUGUGCAGAGGCCGGUCUUCAACAGCAUGCGCGACACCGUCAGCCGUCUGCUGAACAACAUCACUAUCGCCCAGGGCAACUGUCCCCGCGGCGCCCGCGUGGCCCUGACCCUCUACAACAACGAGGUGACCACCGAGGUGCGCUUCGCCGACGCCAUGAAGAAGAAGGCCCUGCUGGAGGCCGUGGAGGGUCUGCAGCUGCAGACCUCGCGCAAGGAGCGCAGCCUGGAGACCGCCAUGAACUUCCUGGCCCAGAACACCUUCAAACGCGUGCGCAGUGGCUUCCUGGUGCGCAAGGUGGCUGUCUUCUUUGUGGGUGGCGGGGUCAAGAUCUCGGCAGCCUUCAGUGCCGCUGCACUCCGACUGUACGACGCCGGCAUCGCCUCAGUCUUCCUCCUGAGCACUGACAACCGGCAGCUCGCUAGAGCUUUGCAGGUCAAUAACACAGCCUUGGCUCAAGUGAUAGUCCUGCCCUCUCCUGGCUCUGCCGAAUACGACUCAGUCAUCAGCAAGAUCAUGAGCUGCCACGUCUGCUAUGAUUUCUGCGCUCCAGCUGGUGUGUGCGACUACACCCCACCCCGUAGCGCCAGAGACAAGAGGUCCUUCAAGUCUGACCUGGACAUUGACAUGGCCUUCGUGCUGGACAGCUCCGAGAGCACAUGGCCGUCUGUCUUCGACGAGUCCAAGCACUACGUGGCCCACAUGGUGGAGCAGCUGGAGAUCUCCCACGAGCCGGCUACCUCCGUCCACCACGCGCGCGUGGCCCUGGUUCAGCACAGCCCCUACGAGUUCGUCCGCAAUGGCACCGGCCCCGCCGUCCGCGUCUCCUUCGGCCUCACCGAGCACACCUCGGCCGCCGCCAUCCGCCGCUUCCUGCUGGACAAAACGCCGCAGCUGGAGGGCGGGCGCGACCUGGCGGGGGCGCUGGAGUCCACCACAGAGCUGGUGUUCGAGGCCGUGCCGCACGCGCGCCACCUCCGCGUCAUGGUGCUCAUGGUGACUGGGCCCGUGGAGAUGCACGAGGAGCGGCUGGUACGCGCCGCCACCGAGGCCAAGUGCAAGGGCUACUUCCUGGUGGUGUUGGGCAUCGGCGACCGGCUGAGCGCUGGGGACGCUCGCGUCCUGAGCCGCGUGGCCAGCGAGCCCUCUGACGUGUUCUUCAAGCGCGUGGACAAAGACGCCGGCUUCUACGACGACUACAUUCAGAACUUCGGCCGCUUGCUGCCCAAAUAUCUAAGCCUUGACAAUGCCUUCUACAUGUCACCUGAAGUCGCCAAAAACUGCAAGUGGUCACAGAACGAUCAGCCCCACAAAACGGUAGAGAAAGUGAACAACAUGCACGAGAAGCAUCCUGUUCAGCAUCACGAACAGCAGGCAGACCAUGCGAAACACCCCAAAGACCUCCAUCUCGGCGAGCUGCACGUGGCCGACGUCACCUCCCACAGCCUGAGUCUCCGCUGGGCUGCCUCCGGCCAGCCUGGCCACGCCCACUACGAGGUCAACGUGGUGCGGAUGCACAACCACGCGCCCGUGCUGCGCAAGAACAUCACCCUGGCCCACAUCGCCCUCCAGCACCUGGAGCCCACGCAGUCCUACCAUGUGGCCGUCACCGCUCGCUCCGCCAAGGGAGAGGUCUUAGCAAUACACAAGGGCAUCUUCACCACCAAAGGCGUAGAGCCAAAGAUUACUGCAGGGGUCGUUGUUUCAACAGCCCCUUUAAGUAAGCCAGAAAUUGAGCCUGAGAAAGACACAGUCUCAUCAAACUCGAAGACAGGCCCUGUUCCUGUGGACAUCUGCAAGCUGCCCAAAGAGGAGGGCACCUGUGUGAAGUUUGUGCUGAAGUGGUACUAUGACUCCCUCAGCAAAAGCUGUAGCCGCUUCUGGUAUGGAGGCUGCGCUGGUAACGCCAACCGCUUCGAGACCAAAGAGGAGUGUGAGAGGACGUGUGGGAAAGCAGCACCAGCUAGUCCAAGAGUAGCAGUCACAGCAGUAAGAACUUAGGGGACCACUCAGCUCUUAACCUCAACCGACAGCAGGUGGAGAAAGACAUGACACCAAGACGCUGUGCCAACGUGAAGGUGCCUGCACUGGAUUCUGCCAAAGGAUAAAAUCCAAAGAAAUCUUGAAGUAUUUUUUUUUCCUGAGUUUUAUUAUGGUGUUUUAGUUGUUAUUGUUUUUCAAUGCCAUCUUGUAAUGUUCCAGGACAAGAACAACAAAGCUUUUUUUUAUUUUUAAAUGAUUGUUUCAUUUGUACGGUCGUUCAUUUUGAAGAAUAAAAAAAAAGAUAUUCACCUUAUAUGAAUGUCUUGGUCUAAGAGUAACAGGAAAUUUUGCACAGUUCUUAAGAUGUCACAGCUCUGUAUUCACUCUGCAAGCCAUCUUGCAUCACAUCGGUGUCUGUUGUGAGUGAGAUGUCAAACACAAAUGAUCCCCUUAAGGACAGUGUUGUCAUAGCCAGCAAAAUAGUCACUUUCAUCACCACAGUUGUAUCUGUUAUCUGUUGUUGUUUUUGUAUAUCAAAGCUAUAGUAUCACCUCUUGUUGACAAACAGAGUUGUUUUUGUAUAACCAAAAAAAAAAAGCACCUCUCGAGCCAGUGGCUCGAACAUAAAAGUCAGGUCUCAAAUUAUGAAAUGUAUGAAAUGCCCCUUCUGUUUUUGGUGCUAGUUUCCAUGUCACUGUGCAUUUUCUUGGGGAAAAGGGGAAUAAAGAAAUAAAUUAGACUUUAUACAAAACCAAAA